AUUGUAGUAGUGGGCGUGAUCACACCGGUGCUUUUGGCAAGACGCCGUGGCGUACACUGAAACCGCCGUCGGCACUUCACUCGACAGCACGAGGACAGUACCGUGUGCGCUUUCAAUCAUGGACAACAUCGUUUCCAUCCUGUUCACUUUAUUAGCCGCACAAACUUCAUCGGUUUUGUCGGUGUUUGAAAAGCCCCAGUUUGCGGAGCCUAUACUGAACGUUACGAUACCCGUGGGAAGAGAUGUUUCUCUACCUUGUGUCGUCAGCAAUUUGGGAAAUUACAAAGUUGCUUGGAUACAUCUUGAUCGUAAGAUGAUACUCACAGUGCAUACACAUGUGAUUGCAAGGAUACCGCGGUUUAGUAUAUCGCAUGAUGGUCAAAAGACAUGGAUGCUCAAUAUCAAUGGAGUUACAACUUCGGACAAAGGGACUUAUAUGUGCCAAGUAAAUACUGAACCAAUGAUCAGCCAAAGUGGCCAUCUUCAAGUGGUUGUACCACCAAACAUAGUAGAUGAAGAAAGUUCAGCGUCAACUAUGGCUGUGAGAGAAGGGCUCAAUAUAUCGCUGUCUUGCAAAGCUAAAGGUUAUCCUGAACCAAAGAUUGUUUGGAAAAGAGAAAAUGGUUUCGAUAUAACGAUUGAUCGCAGAGAAAAAGCUGAAAGAUUUCACGGUGAUACUUUAAACUUAACUAAAGUUGCCAGAUCCGAUAUGGGAUCUUAUUUAUGUAUAGCAUCUAACGGUGUUCCACCUUCAGUCAGUAAAAGAAUUGUUCUUGAUGUCGAAUUUUCUCCUAUGUUGGUGGUUCCUAAUCAAUUAGUCGGUGCUCCGUUGGGUACUGAUGUUACGAUUGACUGUCUGACUGAAUCAUAUCCACGACCAAUAAGUUAUUGGUUAUUUAAGGAUGUAAAAUCAAUGAUAUUCUCCAGUGCAAAACACAAUCUAGUGUUUGAAGAGGAAGGAUAUAAAACACACAUGAAGUUAACAAUAAGAUCACUAAGCCCAGAAGACUAUGGAAGCUAUAAAUGCGUUACCAAAAACUCAUUGGGCGAAGCGGAAGGCUCUAUGAGAAUUUACGAAAUUCCAAGACCACAACAAGAUCCAAGAAGUACGACGGGAUCACUAAAUAAAGCAAAUGGUGUCUUAUUAAUAAAUCCCAAAAACUUUUUAGCUUCGAUGUGAAGUUGAGAAGGUUUGAAUAAAAAAAACUUGUUCCUGUUAUUAUCUACAUCAAUAUUAACAACAUGGCCAUUUACAUGACUGAUAUAUAGCUUCAAACAAAAAUGGAAAGUGUGUUUGAAGACUUGAAGCUAAUUCGACUCAAUUAUAUUUGUACAUAAUAAAUAUGAGUUUAUUGAAAUAGGAGUUUAAUUAAUUAUACAGUAUAGACAAUUAUAGCUUUUAAUUAUUUAUUUUAUGAAAGUAAUAAAUAAAAACUAAUUGUUUUUUAUAAGA